CAAAGAGCUUCUCCUUCUCCUCUCUCCCUGUCUUUCUCUCUGUCUCUCCCCUUGGCCUGUCUGUUUAUCACUGCAACAUCAAUUCUCUUGGGCAUUUAGUCGAACAGUUCCUCUUCACUGACUUCUUUCUGAUUUCCUGCCGGGAAAAGCAAUCCGGUCGACGCGAGUUGAAGUGAAAGAAGACAUAAGACGGAGAAUGGAGUGAUGAAAGUUUUUAUUUUUAUUUUUUAUUUUUUAAGCUAUGUCGUUUCCAUGACUUGAGUGGUGGGGGGUGAAAGGUAGCGAUGGGGAAGGUGGGCUUCGGUUUGGCUUUGAGUUGUGCAGUGGCGUCGUGUACGAUCGCAGCUAUAUUGGUGAGUCGAAGAGUAAAGAGCCGGCGGAAGUGGAGCAGGGUGGUGGGUGUCUUGAAGGAAUUAGAAGAGGGAUGUUCCACGUCGAUAGGAAGAUUGAAGCAGGUUGUUGAUGCAAUGGCCGUUGAGAUGCACGCAGGGUUGGCAUCUGAAGGCGGGAGCAAACUCAAGAUGCUUCUCACCUUCGUUGACAAUCUCCCCGACGGGAAUGAAAAAGGAACUUACUAUGCACUCCAUCUUGGCGGAACCAAUUUUAGAGUAUUGCGGGUUCAGCUAGGGGGGGAAAAUUCAUUGAUCUUGGGACAUGAGGUGGAUCGACAACCUAUUCCCCAACAUUUAAUGACUAGUACAAGUGAGGGUCUUUUUGAUUUUAUUGUCUCAAAAUUAGAACAGUUUGUUGAGAGAGAGGGCAACGGCUCUAUGUCUAUGCUGGACAAAAGGAGGGAGCUUGGCUUUACGUUUUCUUUUCCUGUUAAACAAACAUCUGUUUCAUCAGGCAUUCUCAUCAAGUGGACAAAAGGAUUUUCCAUUGAAGACAUGAUUGGAAAAGAUGUUUCUGAAUGUUUGCAGCAAGCAAUAAGAAAGAGAGGACUUGAUAUGCGGGUAGCAGCAUUGGUGAAUGAUACUGUGGGAACAUUAGCUCUUGGACAUUAUCAUGAUGCGGACACUGUUGCUGCAGUGAUUAUUGGAACAGGCACAAAUGCUUGCUAUGUGGAGCGGACAGAUUCAAUUAUCAAGUGUCAAGGCCUUCUGACAAAAUCUGGAGGCAUGGUUGUGAACAUGGAAUGGGGAAACUUCUGGUCAACCCAUCUGCCAAGAACUUCGUACGAUAUUGAUCUAGAUAGUGAUAGUCCUAACCCAAAUGAUCAGGGGUUUGAGAAGAUGAUAUCAGGAAUGUAUCUGGGUGAUAUUGUAAGGAGGGUAAUGCUUAGGAUGUCAAAGGAAUCAGAUAUUUUUGGGGAUGCUACAUCUAGGCUAUCAGUGCCAUUUAUCUUGAAGACGCCUCUGAUGGCUGCCAUGCAUGAAGAUGAUUCUCCUGACUUGAAGGAUGUAUCAAGAAUCUUGAAAGAAACUCUUGAGAUAUCUGAUGUCCCACUGAAGGUGAGGAAGCUGAUCGUGAGAAUAUGUGAUGUGGUGACCCGGAGGGCUGCCCGAUUGGCUGCUGCAGGUAUCGUAGGGAUCUUGAAGAAAAUUGGAAGGGAUGGGAGUGGUGGCAUUAUGAGUGGAAGAACCAAGAGUGGUGAAACAUCAAGCAGAAAGAGAAGAACAGUCGUGGCGAUAGAGGGUGGUUUGUACACUAGUUAUUCCCUAUUCAGGGAGUACUUGAAUGAAGCUGUGGCUGAGAUUUUGGGGGAAGAAAUGGCUCCGUAUGUUGUCCUCAAGGUUUCAGAAGAUGGCUCAGGAAUCGGAGCUGCUCUGCUUGCUGCUUCUCAUUCUUAUCCCAGUAUUGGUCCUGUAAACGUUGCCAUAAAAUGAUAAAAAGUAUAUAGUCUCUUGUAAAAAGAAGAAUUCAUUUUUCA